AUGCUGCGCAAACGCUCUCCCCCCAUGGGGACUCUACGUGUCAGCGCCGAGGACGAACUUUCUCACAAGUACCUUGCCAAGGGCAAGAAGGCCAAUCACGUUAGCCUUAGGGUUCUGGUGUCAACUCUCUUCGCUGCGGUACUGGCCGCUAUUAACCCUUUGCCGGAUGUCCGAAGCCAAGCUUAUAGCAAAUUUUUUCCACCACCUCGCUUUACUUAUUUGCCAGGGCUUUCUGAAUGGGUUUGCAUCUUGACGAAAAACAUUCUUGUCCCCUUGUCCUUCGCCCUUUCCCACAAGACCUACGGCCUCGCGUUCAACACAUUCGUGGUCCAAUUGUUUUGGACCAUAAGCUUGAGCUCCGUCCUGUUAUACUUCUUCGGUCGCAACACAUGGCUGCGCCUGCGGGAAAGCAUCUGCGUGUGGGCCAACGUAGCGUAUGGUAUCGUCACGGUGCUCAAGAUUUUCCAUCUCGUGGACCGCCUCCCCAACGAGAAUCACUACAUGUUCAAGCACUGCUUUCUCACUAUGGCGGACGCCGCGUUCAGCCAGACUCCGGUCCAUAAACAGUACGUGGUGCAGUUCGCUGAGGCGGUCAUCCGCGUCAUCGUUUGGCGCCGAUACAACGUGCUGGCCGACACCCCCACCUGGGGCAUCAUCACCAUCAGCCUCGCCUGGCAGCUCUGGCUCGUCACCUUCUCCUCCAUGUUGCAAGCGCGCCACGUCAGCGCCUUCCGCAGCCAGCGCCAGAACGUUGAUGCCGCCAACGACAGCGGCCGCGCUGCUCCUAGCCACACCACCGCCAGGUCAUCCACACCCACUUCCCCUACCACCACCGCAGCUGCCAGCGCCGACCGUCCUGAUAGCUGUGAAAUUGAGCCCUCCGGCGAAUCGAACGUCCAGGAGGAUAGGCCCAAGGUGACGCCCUCUGUGAAGAACCCGCAAAGCCGUAUCAAUAAUGCUGCUGCUGUGUCGGCAGACGCGCAGGCGGCUGCAGCUGCGGCUGCUACUGAUGUGGCUAUUCGUGUGAGCAGCGAGCGCAGGACCGCUGGCAUGCCGUCGGCCUCAGGGCCGCUGCGCCGAAGCUCCAUCGCGGGAUCAUCAUCGUCAUCACCAUCCUCCACCGUGUCCCAUAAGCUCUUCAUGCGGGCUCUUCGCAGCGUGGCUCGGGGCCCCUCCUCCUAUGUCCUGCUGUCGCACCAGCGUCGCCAGGCGGGCGGCCCGCAGUGUUCUUCCGCCCAGUUCUACAUCCCCGCCGCAAAACCGGAAAUGCUGUCCGGCAACUGGCGUGAGAAGCUGGCAUCUGCCAUCGCGGAAGGGGCGCCUGGUUGGCACGUGGCUAACAUCUGCGUGCGCAAGGGCAGCCUCAUCGUGCACCUAGACCUGGUGUACGCACCCACUACAUCAGGUGGCGGUGAAGGAGGCGUGGGGGGCCCGGCAGCGACGGCAGCAGCGACCGCCGGCAUGGGCGUGGCUUCCUUGGCCGGCGGCGGCAUUGACGCCGCCGCCCCAGGCGACGUUGGCUUUCCUGGAGCAUCGUACUCCGAGCAGCCGUUUGGUGCCACCGAUGGCCACCAUCCGAUGGCAGUCUUGAACGACUUCAUGGAUGGCAUGGGCGCGGAGAGCCUCCUGCAGUUAUUGGGCUUGCCGCCGGAUCUGCCAGCUGGCCCGGCCAAGCCCAUCUCGAUCCAGCUAGGCGACCAGAUCAAGACCCUGCCAUCCUCUGCCUCUGACGCCGUCCCCGUCGGCACUUGCGCCGCCGCAUCAUUUGAUACCACCACUAGCACCAUUACUGCCACCUCCAUCGCCUCCAUGGCCUCCGAGAUUGAGCCUGACGCUGCUGCGGCGCCGUCGCCGGCGAAGCCGCCGAAGGAGGAGGCUACGGCAGCGACGGCUGACCUGGUCGCCACUGCCGGGCCACCUGCCUGGCCGCGGCUGUUUUCCGAGCCCCUGCGAACUGCUCUGUUCCCGCCUACGGAGCUGUACAGCCCAGAGUACUGCCGUUUCCUGUCUGAGCGUGUGGGCGCACUGCACCGGGCCUAUGCCGCCUUCAUCUGCCUCACCGCGAUGGCGCUAUUUGUGGUGCGCUCCGACAGCCAUGUCAACCCCGUUACGCUAAUGCUCUUCAUUUCCACGGAGCUGCUCUCGCUGUCCGGGUACGCGGCGAUUGGCGGUGCCGCCUGGCGCACCGUGCGCUGCCGCCUGGUGUAUGUGGGUGUGGUUUUGCGCACGCUGCAGAUGGCCGCCUGCACCUCCGGCGUCCUGCCGCAUGUGCUCAAGGUAAUGUGCCUGCAAGAGGACACCGAUUGCAUCUCGGGUCGAUGGAUUCAAAAGGUGGUGCUCAUCACCACGCUUCAGGCCCUGUGCAUACAGCCACCUGUGCGGACGUUCUUCGUGGUCCGAUUCCCUUCCGUCGUGAUGUCCAUAUACGUUCACGUGUUCGUAUGCCGGACCAGCUCGGCUCUCCGGGAUGCCAUGGUGCUGCACCUGGGCUGGGAGGGGCUCCUGUUCCUGAUCUCGGCUAACUUCCAGCUUCGCCACCUGGAGGCGUUCCGCAGCCAUCGACGCCACAGCAACAGCAGCAGCGGUGGCUGCUGCCAGAGGGAGGAGGAGAAGAAAGCUGUCGCAGCCACUGCAGCAUCGGAGGGGGGCCAGGAGACUGAGAGCCGAGCGGUGGCGCUGAUCCCCUGCUCGCGGUGCUGUGCGGUGGGUGGCGACGCCAAAGAUGCGGCUGAUGAGACCAUCCGUGCCAACGGAACGACGGCCACUGGUAGCACCUUGCCUGCCGAGGACGUGAAACACGCCUCCGCGACGGCCGCUGCGCCGGUGGCAGCGGCGUUCGGCUCCGCGGCUGACAUUAGCGACCCGUGCGAUGUGUCGCUCAGUGCCCCGCUGGUGGUGAUGGCUCCCCGCCGCGCCGCACAUCUUCAACUGCACUUCACAUGUGCUCCUGCAAUCAUGGGGGAAUUGCAGGUCGUCCUUCGUCAUAUCAAUCCCGCCGCGAUGUCCUCCGGCGUCCACGUUGCUCACGCCGUUCGCGACAUCACGCGCACGCUGGUUGCGCCCGCCGGCGCCACUGCAGCGCCUCCGCACAUGCCAACUUCCUUCAGCGCAGAUCUCACCCUGGUUGCCUCGCCCGCCGACAUGCCCGGCCUGGUGCACAUCGAGGUCUGGCGCGGCCGCCGGCGCAUCUGCUCACAUCCAGUGCUGUUGGCAGCGGCGGCGGCGCCGGAGGCCUCGUCGGAGGCAGUGGACGGAGGCGCCUCAGGUGCCGCCACCAGCAACUGGAUCGAAGAUGUUCGACGCUAUGUGAAUGAUCUUAAGGGUCAGGGUCAUAUUGCCGCCGCGGACCAAUUUCUGGUGGAGCUGGGGACAUGGCUGGCCCAGGCAGCCGCCCUGGAGCGGGGACUGACGGAUGCAGGGAAUGCUGGCGGGGGCGCGGGCGUGAAGCGCGUCGCCAAUGUGCUGUACUUCCACGGCUACGGCAGCGAGUUUAUGUAUGUUAAGCCGCGCCCCGUCUCCGGCUGUGGCAGUCGCGACGCCAGCGUCGGCGGUGGACGCGCCCCGGCGCUGGACCCACUGCAGGAGACGUUACGGCAGCUGUUGCUGUGCCAGGGGUCCAUGCUGCUGGCUGUGGCGGUGGAGGCCGGUUGCGUGGCGCUGUCGGAGCACCUGAUGGGGAUGCUGGUGGGGGAGAUGGGCGCCACGCUGCGCGGGCUGCUGGAGGGAGCGCGGACGCCGGUGACGCAGCUACCGCUUCUGCAUGCGGCCGUCAAGUCAUCCGAUGCGCGCAUGGUGGACUUGGUGGCGGAGUGGUCCACCAGCUGCGGCCUGAAGGACAUCUGGGCGCACGAGGCGGCUGUUCUGGCGGUGUCUUCCGCUUCCUGCGCCAGCAGUACCGUAGGGGACACGGCCUCACUCGCGGCUGCUGGCGCCGCCGCAGCGGAAGCAGCUGUCGCGCAGCCUGCCAGCUCAGGGGUGGCACCGGCAUUGCGCAGGUCCUCCCGGGUUUCGCUGCCACAGCUGUCGCAAGACGGCGUCCGACGCACCACCUCACUCGCGUUUGAGAUGCGCCCCGGCUGCACCGCAGCCAAGGCCGCCGCACCCGCAGUCAUCUCUGGCGCCGCGGUCGCGGCCGGAAUGGACACCACCGCCGCAGCACCAGAUUCAGAAGACGUGGUGAUCGCGGAUGUGGAUCUAGAUCUGGAAUCGGAUUUCGACGUAGGGGAUAAGGAUAUUUCCGAGAAGAGUCCCUUCCGGAUCAUCGAUUUCCGCGCCAACCACCGGCAGACAGCCGCCUCCUCUGCGGCUCCCUCGAGUCAGGGCAGCGGUGUUGCCGCCAUCACCAACCUGGCUGUGGGAGAUCUACCGCGUGGCAACGCCGCGACCGGGGGAGCAGCGGUUACGGCUGGUAGCGGCGGUGGCGAGAGCACCGGCGGGCUUGGCCGCGGGUCAUCUUUGGACGGGCUCGUGGGCGGUGGUGUGCUGGUGCUGACGCCGCUGCACAUAUCCCUGGCGCUGGGAGAUGAGGGUCGGCUGGCUAGCCACAUCCUCAGGACGUAUCCGGAGGCAUACGAGCUAUGGCGCAGCAGCCAACUUGGCGUGGACGUGGACCCUUCUCUCACCCUCAUCGCCGCUGACCCCUCCCGAGUGGAGAUCAGCGCCAGUGCCAGUGCCAGUGUCAGUGCCGCGGACCUGCGGAUUUUACCUCCGCCAGCGACGGGGGCAGCGUCAGCGAGGCCGCCGGGGGGACUGCCCCUUGCAGCGACGGGAUCCGCUAGCAGUACCUCUUCCGUUUGGCGCAAUGUGGCAGGGGCAGCGCCGGCUUACAGCAGCAUGCCGGGGCUAGCAGGGCUUGCCAAGGCCGCAGGUACCGGGCACGGCGGCAUGGGGUUGGGCAUGGGUGCUGACGACUCCAUGGACGACGGAUCGGUGCAGAGUCUGAGCCUGAGCGAGGUGGCUUUCUUCGAGGGCAUCCGCUGGGUGGAUGGCGGCGGCACAACGGCAGCACGGCGGCCGGGGUUCAAAGUCACGCGCUUGUAA